AUGUCAGCUGAAAAGUUUGAGUCGAUUAACCUGCUGCCGCCGCUGGAGGCGGUUGGGGAGGAGGAUUGGGAUGAGGGGGGUGGGUUGGAUGGGGAGGAGGAUGAGGACGGCGGGGGAGGGGGGAAUGCGGAGCUGACUAUUCCGCUUGAGCUUAUGGCGGAUGUGACUCUAAAGGCGCUGAAUGACACAGAUGUAGGGGCGGAGGAGCAGGAGGAGGAGGUGAAGAUUGUGGAUGAGAAGACUUUAAAGAAGAUGGAGGGAGAGAGGGUGGUGACGAUUGGGGAGUUGAGUGAAGAUUUGAAACGGGCUGUGAUGAAACAGGUGCAUGUGAAUUCAGGGGUGGCACAUGAUAAGCGCAAGGCAAUUCUUAACUGUACGGGCAGCCCGUGCCCGGAUUUUCCGGGCAGGUGUGAGUCGAACCACGAAGCUUCGGCUUGCAGUAUGGAUGAGAUUUCAGACCAGGGUUUUGCCCGCCCGGCGAUUCCUAUAAACUGCCCGAAGAAAGCAAAUAUUACGACUGUGGGGCCAGAGGGGAGGGAUGAGAGCUGCUCGCAUACGUCCGAUUUCGGGUGGUAUGAACCGGGUACAUUCCAGAUUUACCUUUUGCGGGGAGUGUAUAUCGACCACGAGGGGCACGUGUUCAACAAAACGACUCACUUCAACCGCGAGGGAUGCAACAACGACUCUCCGUUUGAGUACAAAAAAGGGACAAAGGUGCAUAAGUUGAAGCGAGUGGCGAACCUGGCGUACUACCAGGGCCGCAACUUCUAUCACGGGCUCAUCGAGUGGACGCCCCAGCUCUUCCUUCUCAGCUCUCUGCUGCGCGCCCACCCCACCAUCCCUCUGCUCGCCAUCCACGACCAGUGGGAUUUCUACGAGAAUAUAUCGAAGCCUAUUAUAGCCGCUAUACCAGGCAUGUGGCAAGGCCAGCCCUUCCCUCUGGUCGCUCCUCCGCUCCCACUUCCUUCUUGCCCCGCAAGGCCUCCCCAUCUUUCCGCCCACCAGCUGGAUCCAACGGCCAGGAUUGGCCAAUCCGGUGAACCAGACCGAGGCGGCAAUAGUGCCGCCCGAUUGGAUGGUGCUGCUGGUGCGGCGGCCAGCUGUAGGCGGCCAGGUGUCAAGCGCCCAUUGGACAGCUGGGACGAGCUGUACGAGUCUGCCGUGUCCGUGUUCUCCCUCAACCGGGUGUAUGUGCUGAACGGUUCCGUGCCCAUGCUCAAAGGUUUUCUGCCUCUAACUCCUUCACCUUCCUCCAUCUCCCCUUCUCUGUUCACCUUCCUGCACGUGCCACGAGCACUCCGAUCCUGA